UAUAAAAGCGAAGGCAAAGGGGGGGUUUGGAGCACAGAGCGGUUUGGUCGUUCGUUGGACGGUCUUCUUUUCUUGGUCGGCGACUGCGGCUCUUCAUUGGGCAGCAGGAGCGGCGCGGCGGUCGGAGAAGCGGUCUAAGACUUCGACAUUGGGUAAAAGAAAAUGGCUCGAACCAAGCAGACUGCCCGUAAAUCCACGGGUGGGAAAGCGCCCCGCAAACAGCUGGCCACUAAAGCCGCCCGGAAAAGCGCCCCUUCUACCGGUGGGGUGAAAAAACCUCAUCGCUACAGGCCCGGGACCGUAGCGCUUCGGGAGAUCCGUCGUUACCAGAAAUCCACCGAGCUUCUGAUCCGGAAGCUGCCUUUCCAGAGGUUGGUGAGGGAGAUCGCCCAGGAUUUCAAAACUGAUCUGAGGUUUCAGAGCGCCGCCAUUGGCGCGCUUCAGGAGGCCAGUGAAGCGUACCUGGUGGGUUUAUUUGAAGAUACUAAUCUGUGUGCCAUCCACGCUAAGAGAGUCACCAUCAUGCCCAAAGACAUCCAGUUGGCUCGCCGGAUACGGGGAGAGAGAGCUUAAGUGAAGGCAGUUUUUAUGGUGUUUUGUAGUAAAUUCUGUAAAAUACUUUGGUUUAAUUUGUGACUUUUUUUGUAAGAAAUUGUUUAUAAUAUGUUGCAUUUGUACUUAAGUCAUUCCAUCUUUCACUCAGGAUGAAUGCGAAAAGUGACUGUUCACAGACCUCAGUGAUGUGAGCACUGUGGCUCAGGAGUGACAAGUUGCUAAUAUGCAGAAGGGAUGGGUGAUAUUUCUUGCUUCUCAUGAUGCAUGUUUCUGUAUGUUAAUGACUUGUUGGGUAGCUAUUAAGGUACUAGAAUUGAUAAAUGUGUACAGGGUCCUUUUGCAAUAAAACUGGUUAUGACUUGAUCCAAGUGUUUAACAAUUGGGGCUGUUAAGUCUGACCAUACAUCACUGUGAUAGAAUGUGGGCUUUUUCAAGGGUGAAGAUACAAGUCUUAACCACAGUGUAACUUACAGUUUCCUUAAAAAAGAAAAGAAAAAAAAAAAAAAAAGUAAACUUGGCAGCUAUAGAAUACACUAUGUGCAUUUAUAAUAGCUAUUUUAUAUAUUGUAGUGUCAACAUUUUUAAAUUAAAUGUUUUACAUUCACAUGUGGUGGGGAGUCUUGUCAUUAAGGUGUGUGUAAUUUAAAGUCCAGUUGGUUUUCUCCUAACUAGACUGCACUUGUUUUCAUAAUAGUAAAAUGCUUUGCAAAUUAUACCUUGCAUAAGUCCUCAUUCUACCACAUGUUAACUAACCCUCUAGCUGAUUAAUGCAAACACUAAUGGGGGGAUUUUAUUUAUAAGGGCUCUAGACUAUAAUACAAGUUAUUCACACCAGCAUCAUCUGUUAUAAUAUUUAAACUAGUUAGUGCAGCUUUUCUUUGUGUAGUGGUUGUUCUCAUAACUAGGUUGAGUUUUUCUCUACCAAGAGGAAACAAUACCGAAGUUCUUUUCUUUGUGGAGUUUGUAUUAUAAUAACCCUUAGAGUAAACUUGCUGUGGGGGAGGGGCACACAACUCCAGCUUCUUGAACCUCUGCCAGUUAAGAUGGUGUCCAGUUAGGUUACAUCUGAUAACAUGGUCCUGGGAAAAUCACUUUAUAGAGAUGGCCUUCCAAGUGGUUUUAAAAAUUACCUUUCUAUUGAAAUCUUUAGGUCAAUUAUGUAUGUUGACUAAAUUCACAAAUAAACUUGUUUAUUCAACUAAGUGUCAAAAACCUACAUUGAAUAUACAAAGCUUAAAUAGAUACAUUAUCUUGAUUCUUUGUAUCCUGAAGUUUGAGCUUAGUUUAUACCUGGUUUUGCUCGGUAGACAAAGGAACCAUUUAUACACAAAAGUAAUAAUUUCUUUGUACAAGUUAUUUUAACACAAGUCCACAAGUAUAGAACUCUUUGUUGGUCUAAGCUGCUUUUUUUCAGUAUAAAGCUAGUUUUCUUGACCAGUGAUGGUCUGCUAUAUGCAUAGGAUCUAGAUGUCAGCAAGACAAGGGCACAAGAGCCACUGGUCAUCAGACAAGCAUUCUGGGUAUUUGAAGCUGGUAGCUAUAGAAAGAUAGUUGUGCCCUAAUAACGUAGCUUCUUUUUUAAAAAAAAAAUUGUUUGGUUUCAAAUUCAAGGGACUUAGGGAGAGAGGCAAGCUAGGAUAGGUUUGAUUCUUGGCAACUUAAUGAGCCUUCAUGAGGCAUCAAAGAUGGAGUCUGAUCUAUAACGAACUGGUUUUCUAGAAGGUUCAUCAUAACUAGCUCUGGAACAGUGACUUCCCAGUUCUGAUGAUCUCAACAUUGUGCUGCUGAAGGACAUUGGUGUGAUCCUGGACAGUGGAAUGUGCUGUGGAGUACCUCCACAGUGUCUGAGUACAAGUAGACUUUCACUAUGGUGAUGUCAGUUUGUUGAGUUUACUAGUUGUGAUAACACAAGUGGGGUGAAACUUGAACCUUCUACCCCAGCCCAUCUUCUCUACAUACUGAUGUAGAGGUUUAUGGAUUUUACUGGGCAGCUGGGAAUCUGCUGCUUUAAAUAGUGCAGCUUGUGCUUCCAGACUUUGAGCAUACUUAACCCAGAAGGCAAAAAUAUCUUUCGGUUCUAGGAAGCUGCCCACACAGGAUAACCCUGGGUUUAAAUGAUGGGACAGACUCUGUAAGGAGAAAAAAGCUGGAGCUGAUGAAGGUAUCCCGUGCCCUUGAUGGAUGAGACAAAAAUAAAGUUUUUGAAGUUGAGACUA